UAUAAUCCGACAGAUGGCAGUAACGCAGGCUUUUGUGUGCAAGCCGCCGCUUCAAACUAAGGAAGAAGUAAUCCGGUUAGCAACCUCAAGAACCAAAAUAUCAACUCUGGUUUCGUUCUGCUCUCCAUUUAAACCUUUCGUCACACCUUGUCUCUUUGUCUGAAGAAUAUUUGAAGUGUACCGUUAACACCGACGUGUGUCUAUUUUAGCAGCUCUAACACCCUGAGAGACACCAGUUAGCUCUGAGGCUAACUGGCCGGAGUUAGCCCGGAGGCUAACUGGCUUUUUCUUCUCUAAAAAGAAGCAAAUAAAAAAGAUCCACACGGAGAUUUUUGGACAGUUGGACUGGACUCUGUGGCCUUCAGCUCUUCUUACAGGGAAUAAAAGUAAGACUAAACGAUCUCCAGAAGCAUCAUGUCUAAAUAUUUGAGAGGUUGGUGGUGAUCAGUUAUUUAUUAAACCAGAAAGCAACUCCAUUUAUGGUCACAACUUACAAAAUGAUAUAGAGAUGGAAGAGGAACACAAGCAACCAAAUGUACAGCAGAUUAAAGAGGAGCCAGAACUUCAACCGAUCAAAGAAGAACAAGUUGAGUUUAAUGUCUGUCAAGACGUGAAACUGGAGGCCAACACCUUUAUGGUGGCUGCUGCUUAUGAUAAAAUAUUCCAAACUAAACCAGAGCUGCAGCAGAUGACGGAUAUUAAAGAGGAUCCAAAAUCGGCACAGACUAAAGAACUGCAGGAACCAGAACCUGAACAGAUUAAAGAAGAACCAGAACCUGAACAGAUUAAAGCAGAACCAGAACCUGAACAGAUUAAAGAGGAACUGCAGGAACAUGAAUCUACACAGAUUAAAAGAGAACAGGAAGAACUCAGCAGUGAUCAGGAUGAAGAUCAGCUUGCAGUGAACCAGGAUUUCUCCAGAGAAAAUCCUCUCUAUGAGGAAACAUACCAAAGUGAAUCAGACCCACACCAAAACCAGAUCCACUCUUCAAACUCCCCUGAAGCUGAAAACCAACACCAGGACAGAUGCAAUGAUGGCCACCAGAUAUUUAAUUUAAAUCCACAGCUGACAAUGAAUCAGAGUGACGGUGUUGACUGUUCUAAAGAGAAAAAGCUAAAUAUUCAUUCGCAUUCUUGUAAAAUAUGUGGAAAAUAUUUCACAAAGAAAUGUACCUUAAAAGUUCACAUGAGAAUCCACACUGGUGAGAAGCCGCAUGCCUGUAAAGUCUGCUGCACGUCUUUCAGAUGCACCAGUCAUUUGGUUCGUCACAUGGGAACCCAUACAGGCGAGAGACCGUUCUCAUGCACGACCUGUGGAAAAAGCUACAUUGAUAGAGGUAGCUUAAACGCACACAUGAAAGAUCAUCUGGAAAAGAAACCGUUCACUUGUAGUGUGUGUGAUAAAUCUUUUGUCAGGAUGCAAUAUCUGACUUGCCACCUCAGAGUCCACACAGAGGAGAAACCGUUCUCGUGUGAAUCCUGUGACAAAUCCUUCAGACACAGUCAAUCUCUGGCUCGUCACGCCACACGCCACAUAAACGAGAAGCCGUUCCCGUGUCCCACCUGCGGAAAAUGCUUCCCUCACUUACGCAGCCUUGCGUCACACAGCAGAGUUCACCUGACUGACAAGCUGCAUCCGUGUGAACUGUGUGCAAAAUCAUCCCUGGACAAAAAGGACUUGGAGCGCCACAAGUGGUCUCACACAGGAAAGAAACCUUUUUCGUGUGAAGCAUGUGGUAAAUUAUUUAGUGACAAGAACAUCAUGGUGAAACACAUGGCAAAUCACAUAAACAAGAAGCCUGAGAAGCAGUUUCCUAGUUAUGUUUGUGGUGCGUCUUUUACUGACAGCAUUCAGCUGGACGAACACCUGAGGAGCCACACAGGUGAGCAGGGAUUCUCAUGUGUCACCUGUGGAGAGAAGUUCUCCAAACCGUACAGUCUGACAAUGCACAUCCGGACUCAUACAGGAGAAAAGUCGUAUUUCUGUGAAAUGUGCGGUAAAUUAUUCACUGCCAGAUAUAAACUGACUGCACAUGUAUGUGAAAAUAAACCUUAGGAAAAUGUUAAAGUUUGUAAAGUAUCAUUUAUUUGACCCACAGUGGGAAUGUGACCCAUUGCCACUAUGAUUUACCUACUUUUUUUUAAACAAACAUUUAAAAAUGUGUUUAAAUUAUUCAGUUUUUUGUUGUACUUUUAGAUUUUCAUGGUAAAUAGUAAUAAAUUGCAAUAAAAUGCCCAAGUCCA